GCGCGUACGCACUAAUGUAGGUUCCGAGAUUCAGGUCGAUUAUCGGACUCAGUCGUCUUUCCGUGCCGAUCCGGAUGAUGACUCAUGCACAGCAACAUGCCACCUGAACAGUAUAAGAGACUCUAGAGAAGACAGUGUUUAAUGUUACUCAGGCAACGUCGAGACACUAUAUAAAACAUCAUUUCCCACUCUCCCACUACUGCCGACACACUUCGUCAACUCGCAAGAAAUGACAUCUUCAAGAACGGAACUCAUCAAGCUCCAAGCCGAUGUCACCAUUAACGCUGUAAUCAGUCAGCCACACAGCCCCGACCGUCAUCGAGGAAGACCUAGUCUCGUGUUCCUCCAUUUUUGGGGCGGCUCCGCUCGCACGUGGUCACUCGUCAUCCCGCAUAUCUCCGCAAAGUAUCAGACUGUCGCCCUUGACUUUAGAGGCUGGGGAAACUCGACCGGCCCCGACACCCCGGAAGCAUAUACCAUCACUGCGUUGGCCGAUGAUGUCGAAGCAAGUAUAAGGGAGUUGAGGCUCGAAAGAAUCGUACUCGUAGGCUUGUCGAUGGGUGCGAAGGUCGCGCAACUUGUGGCUUCGCGAUGGUAUUCUUCUGGUGUGGGAGUUUUGACGGCGUUGGAAGGUCUGGUGCUCAUGAGUCCGGCGCCUACGACACCACUGCGUUUGCCGUUUGAGAUGCGUGAACAGCAGCUGCAUGCGUACGAUGACCUGAAUUCUGCGGCUUUUGUGGCGAAAAAUGUAUUAACGGCAUCAUUCCAAGACAGAGACCUACCAGAAUUCGUGGUCGACGAUAUGAUCAAGGGGAGACAGUGGGCUCGUGAAGCGUGGCCUGCGUAUGCGAUGGGUGAGGAUGUGUCUGGUGAAAUUGGUAGGAUUGCGGUCCCUGUGCUGGUGCUGGCUGCGGAGAAAGAUCUUGUGGAGCCAGUUGAGAGGGUUAGAAAGGAGGUGUGUGAGCGUAUCCCUGGGGCAAAGCUGCAGGUUCUGAAUGAAUCGGGGCAUCUUUCGCCUGUGGAUGCUCCAGAUGCUGUGGUGGAGAAUAUUAUACAAUUUUUAGAUUCACUGUAAAACAAUAUGGACGCAGUUACCAAUAGAUGCUUCUCUUAGUACGAGGCUUGGGUUUUUCCCCUUACCUCACAC